AUGAUCGCCGCGCAGGCCAAGCUGGUCUACCAGCUCAACAAAUACUACACGGAGCGCUGCCAGGCCCGCAAGGCGGCCAUCGCCAAGACCAUCCGGGAGGUGUGCAAGGUCGUGUCGGACGUGCUGAAGGAGGUGGAGGUGCAGGAGCCGCGCUUCAUCAGCUCCCUGAGCGAGAUCGACGCCCGCUACGAGGGGCUGGAGGUGAUCUCGCCCACCGAGUUUGAGGUGGUGCUCUACCUCAACCAGAUGGGCGUCUUCAACUUCGUGGACGACGGCUCCCUGCCGGGCUGCGCCGUGCUCAAGCUGAGCGACGGCCGCAAGCGCAGCAUGUCCCUCUGGGUGGAGUUCAUCACCGCCUCGGGCUACCUGUCCGCCCGCAAGAUCCGCUCCCGCUUCCAGACGCUGGUGGCCCAGGCCGUGGACAAGUGCAGCUACCGGGACGUGGUGAAGAUGAUCGCGGACACCAGCGAGGUGAAGCUCCGCAUCCGGGAGCGGUACGUGGUGCAGAUCACGCCCGCCUUCAAGUGCACCGGGAUCUGGCCCCGCAGCGCGGCGCAGUGGCCCAUGCCCCACAUCCCCUGGCCCGGCCCCAACCGAGUGGCGGAGGUGAAGGCGGAGGGCUUCAACCUGCUCUCCAAGGAGUGCUACUCGCUGACGGGCAAGCAGAGCUCGGCCGAGAGCGACGCCUGGGUGCUGCAGUUCGGCGAGGCCGAGAACCGGCUGCUGAUGGGCGGCUGCAGGAACAAGUGCCUCUCGGUGCUGAAGACGCUGCGCGACCGGCACCUGGAGCUGCCCGGGCAGCCCCUCAACAACUACCACAUGAAGACGCUGCUGCUGUACGAGUGCGAGAAGCACCCGCGGGAGACCGACUGGGACGAGGCGUGCCUGGGCGACCGGCUCAACGGCAUCCUCCUGCAGCUCAUCUCCUGCCUGCAGUGCCGGCGCUGCCCCCACUACUUCCUGCCCAACCUAGACCUCUUUCAGGGCAAACCCCACUCGGCCCUGGAAAGCGCUGCCAAACAGACCUGGAGGCUAGCCAGAGAAAUCCUCACCAAUCCCAAAAGCCUCGACAAGCUAUAGGGUUAACACCCCCGCGCACAAAACUCGCCCUCCGUAAACAACAACA